UUUUUCAUUUCCUUUUCACGUUAGAACCAGAAAUGGUCUCCAGUGUUAAGGCUCACAUUAUAGACAAAAAUUCAGUAAAUAUCACAUGUGAUAAUAAUACUAUGCAUGGAGAAAAGAGACGCUUCGAAUUAAUACUUGAUUCUCUAAAUCAAAGUAAUGAAAAAUGUUUGUUUCAAAGAAAGGACCUUUCCUACCUAACAACCUACGAUUUUCAGUUAAGAGUGUGCAAUAACAAACAUUGCAGUGAAUACGUUAAAGAAUCUUUCCAUACGGGAUAUAAUGAAAAAGCUUUAAUUGGAUUCCUGGCAUUCCUCAUUGUAUUGACAGCUUUAGCUUUGAUGUUUGUGCUCUACAAAAUAUACCUUCUUCAGAAGAAAAAUAAUGAUUCUGAUGAAUCUGUAGAGCUCAUUGGUAGACCUGAUGAUGAUAAACAGCUUCUCCAUGUGGACCCCAUUCCAGCAGAACUGUUACUGGAGACAUAUAAACGGAAGAUUGCAGAUGAAGGCAGACUUUUUCUUGCUGAAUUUCAGAGCAUUCCAAGAGUUUUUAGUAAAUUCCAGAUCAAAGAGGCCCGCAAAAGCUGCAACCAGAACAAAAACCGCUAUGUGGAUAUUCUGCCAUAUGAUCACAAUCGAGUACAGUUGUCCCCAAUAAAUGGAGAAGCAGGAUCUGAUUACAUCAAUGCCAGUUUCAUAGAUGGUUUCAAAGAACCAAGAAAGUACAUUGCUGCACAAGGUCCCAAGGAUGAAACUGUUGAUGAUUUUUGGAGAAUGAUUUGGGAGCAGCAGUCCUCUAUUAUCGUAAUGGUGACCCGCUGUGAAGAGCAGAACAGGAACAAAUGUGCCGAGUACUGGCCAUCCAUGGAAAGAGAAGCUGAAAUUUUUGGUGAUUUUGCUGUGAAAAUCACUGAUGAAAACAUAUGUCCUGAUUAUAUUAUCCGGAAGCUGACUGUGACAAACAAAAGGGAGAAAAAUUCAGAGAGAGCUGUGACCCACAUUCAGUUUACCAGCUGGCCAGAUCAUGGUGUGCCUGGAGAUCCCCACCUUCUUCUGAAGUUACGCCGGAGAGUUAACUCUUUUACCAAUAUCUUCAGUGGUCCCAUAGUAGUGCACUGCAGUGCUGGCGUUGGCAGAACAGGCACCUACAUUGGCAUUGAUGCCAUGAUGGAGGGCCUUGAAGCAGAAGGACGUGUCGAUGUUUAUGGCUAUGUGGUCAAACUUCGUCGUCAGCGUUGUCUCAUGGUUCAAGUUGAGGCCCAGUACAUCUUAAUUCACCAGGCACUCAUUGAGCACAACCAGUUUGGAGAAACUGAACUUCCUCUGUCAGAACUUCAUUCUUCACUGAGCAACUUAAGCAGAAGGGAGCCUUCAACAGAGCCUUCCCUGCUCGAAAUUGAAUUUCAGAGACUUCCAAAGUACAAAAAUUGGAGGUCACAAAAUAGCGGCAAUCAUGAAGACAAUGUGCCUAAAAGCCGUGACUCUAACGUGAUUCCAUAUGACUAUAAUAGAGUGCACAUUAAGAUCAAUGAGGAUAACAGCCAAGAGAGUGAACAAGAGGAAGACUCUGAUGAUUCCUCUGAUGAUGACAGUGAUGAUGAAACUGAAACCAAAUAUAUUAAUGCUUCAUUCAUAGAUGGUUACUGGAGCAAGAGAAGCCUCAUUGCAACUCAGGGACCCCUUCCUGAAACCACUGAAGAUUUCUGGCUGAUGGUCUUCCAGCGCAAAACAAAAAUCAUUGUGAUGCUUUCUGAACUCAAAGAGGGAGAAAAGGAAUUCUGCUCCAAAUACUGGAAUGAUGAAAUGACGACGUAUGGAAGUAUGCAAGUAAAAGAAACAGGAUGCAAUACAUUCCCUGGCUUCACAGUCCGUGCAAUUGAAGUUAGACACUCAAAGAGGAAAGAAAGUCGGGUAAUUUCUCAGUAUCAUUUUCACAAAUGGACUGGUCAGGAUCUUCCAGAGAAGCCAGAAGAGUUGGUUGACAUGAUAAGAAAAAUGAAAGAGAACACGCCAAAGAGCUGUGUUAAUGAGGACUCCAAGCAGAGUAGCAAUGGGCCAGUAGUAAUCCACUGCAAUGAUGGCGCAAGCAGGACAGGUGUGUUUUGUGCCCUGUGGAAUGUACUCGACUGUGCCAAUACAGAAAAAGUGAUUGAUAUUUUCCAGACUGCAAAAGCUUUGCGAAAAGAAAGGCCUGGAAUGCUGAUGUCCUUUGAACAGUACAGCUUUCUCUAUAAUAUAAUGGCUCAGACAUUCCCUGCUCCUCAGAAUGGAGAUAUUAAAGCAAGCCCUUGCAACACAGAGGACAAAAUUGAGGUGGUCAAUGAGCAAAAACAAGAAACAACCAAUUUAGAAGAAAAGCAAUCAAACCAAGAGUCUGCUUUAAAUCAAUCCAAUGCCCAUCCUACAGCUGUACCACCACCCAAGGAAGAAAAGGAAGCAAAGUCACAGAAUGAUGCUCCCAAAGAAGCCGAAAAGUCUUCGGCGGAAAACCCAGCCAAUGGCCCCACCGUAGCCUCAGAAGUUCAGUGAUCUGAAAAUUCAAAUUCAUGUGCACACACAGUGCGCUAGUAUGUUUGGGCUGCAAUUCUCUGAACAACUCUACCCUUGGAGCAGCCAGUAGCAGAUGCUGAGCGAGGGUGUGAAUGUAUUGUAAUCUGUGUGAUCUGUGCCAUCGUCCAGUUCCACUUACGAGCCACACAUCACAACUGGGAAGGGUUAGGUAUGGAAUGGCAUGGGACAUUUUCUUUCAGGUAACCUUUUUGCACUUCCCAAACGUGCUUCCUUUGUAACAAACUAUUUUUUUUUCCUGUUUUUGCACAUUUUAAAAGCUUUUCUUUCUAAAAAAAUAUCAAAGAAUAAUCAUGCUGACCAUCAUUGUUUUUUUAAUAUAAUGCCAUAUAAAAUAUUUUUCUGUGUGAUCCAUGAAAACACGAGUUUCAAAAAUUUGCAAAUCUUUAUGUGUGUUACAAAAUAAUUUUCGGUACUUAAUGUGAGUAACAAACUAUUUCUAGCAACAUUUCUGAGCAGUGUAUAUAUAGGUUUAAAUUUUCUAUAUGAAAAUUACAUUUUUUGUGUCAUGGUAUAUGAUAAAGUUGAAAAUUGCUUGAAUUGUAAAUUAUUGCAAAAUUAGAUUUGAAAAGCAGG